UUUGCUAUGAAAAUAAUUCAAGAAGGACGAAGAGAAAGAUUCGUUUAAAGGACUCAAUAUAGAGUGAGAAACACUUGGAAGAUCUACGUCAUUUUGCGAUAACGAAAUAAAUCAUUGUGGAGAAAAAUAAUAACGCAAUCGGACAAAGCGAAUCCACCAAUCGUCACGUACUAAUCUCGUUCCUUCGAAACAAUAUUAUUAUCGCGAUGACUCACAAACUCGAGUCGAUUAGUGACAAAACUAUGAUCGAGGCAAUGUUUCAUGCACGCGCGAGUUUUAAAAAUUUCCACGGUUUUCAUCAACUAUUCAAACGGAUCGAGUUUUUUUCAACAUCCUUGAUUUAUUCGGUAAAAUUUCUUAGAAUUUUUUCAACCAAAGCAAUCUUGAUGAGGCCUUGAAAUGCACUCGAUGCAAUUGUUCCUUUCGGCUAUUUCGUUUCUGCCCCCCGAAUUGAAAAAAUUAGCAUGAGAAUAAGGUUGCACACGAUUUCAGGAAUAGUUACCUCAUACGGUACUGCGUCGUUAAACGUUUUCGAUUAUUGGAAAAAUUAUAUUGUUAUCGAAUUCAUACGAAAAAAUGAUCAGGUGGUGGUGGUAAGCAAUCGUGCUUCUUUAGAAACCGAUUUUUUUCUAUUACGUAGCUUCUACCGUUGCUGAAUCUAUCCCGUUCGGAGUCGAAAACUUUUGCUUGCAUUCAUGAUUCCAAUAAACUCACACGGAGUUCCAACAGCAUGGCCGUUAGUAUAGACCAGAUCCGAGAAUCAGCGCUCACCUUCUCGAUGAAAUACUAUAAAGCGCUUCGUGAUCAGUGCAUUCGACAGGCGCUUCGUGAUCUCGAACAAUCGAAAUUCAAAAUGAUAGCGCCCAUGAACGCUUUCAUGUUGACAUCUAUUUUGGCUUACGGAGCUACUGAUGAAAGUACGACGCAAACAUUAUACCUAGAAAAGGCUGGCUUCAGUGAGAAAAUCGAACUAGAACGUGCAAAAACCGCUUAUCUAGGGGUGUGGCUACUUCUAGAGGACUGCGGUUUCACCUUAUCGACGGAAGUUGCGCAUACUUCUAAAAACAAGCCAAUCGAUGGGUUUAAAUGGGCUCAAGAAAAUUUGAGGGUAUCUUACAAGGAAGUCGCGGCCAUAGCAGGAGAAGAAAAUGUGGUUAGCAUUCAUAGCAAAUUGACCUUCAGACCAAUUUGGAAAUACCCAUUUGACGUAAAUAACACAAAAUCAAUGAAGUUUCAUCAAGAUGGAGCUGAAACAAUAAUGGUAUCGGUGAUGGUUAGAAAAGGAUUGUAUCACGUGGAUUAUCUCAAUGAUUUCAAUGCGAAAUUCGUUGAAAUUCCUUUGCAGCACAACUUUGGCAAUUAUAAAUUUACAAUGUUCAUAAUAGUAAUGAACAACAAUUGCCCCAACGACGCCCACACUUUUCUACAUGAAAUUUCUAAAAUGGAUAUGAACAAGAUCUUCUUAAAAUCAUGGAGUCGUACCGAAAUAACACUCUAUCUUCCAAAACUCAAGGCCGAAUCAAUGAUGUGUCGUGUUUAUUGUGACGAGUUGCUCGAGCGGGGUGCUCCGUACACGUGCACCGAUGCGGCGCACUGUGAUGAUCUGGUAUUUCCAACGGGUACAAGCGAAUUCGGAUCAAUGUUUUCAGGAGCUCCGUCCAUAAAGACUUUUGUAUCAGCUUCUGCUCUCAUCAACGAGACAGGCACUGUUGACUCGACCGAGACUAGGAAGAGACGAGCUACCACCGGGACUCCAGUCAUCGGGAGGGUGCCCCACGACACUGAGGCGGAACCGUUUAAGGUGAAUCGUCCUUACAUGAUGGUGAUCGCCGCGAGAAACAUUUGGGCCUCAGAAGACGUCGUUCCUGUAUUUACUAUCCAAAUAACUGGCCGGGAACUUGAAAAAAGCUUUGUGAGCAAAGGCCACCCAGCUCCCGGUAAGCCCAAAAAAAGUGGAUUCUGUGUGGUAAUAUAAUGGACAAUUAACUUUUACGCUCGCAGCAUUCGCGUAGCAAGUAUUUCAACAACCAUGCGUUACGCUAGCAAAGGAAACGAUUACCGAAACUAAAUUGCGAGUCAAGCUUGUCCAUUACGUAGUAAAAACAAAUGAUAAAAAUCAUUGUAUAUUUACUUCAAAAUAAACUCGGUUGCCCAUACCGUUUUUCAAAUAUUACUGCGUAGAAUAAAAACUAAUACCAACGAAAAACGAAAAAAUAAACGACGCUACCUUCGCACAUCGUAGCAACCAGAAGAUCCUGCUUGAAAAUUUCGGAUUUUAUAAAAUGACUGCUGGUUCAACUACUGAUAUUUAAAAUACGUUGAAAUUGUCAAAGACGAAAAUAAAAGAAAAUUUAAUCUAGAA